GGCGUCGUGGACAUGACGGCGACGCGACUGCCUUUCCGCGAACACACGUGAUGCGUCUAGCGUGCGGAGCUCCUUCCUUCACCGGUCAGGGCGGCCAGGCUCCCAGAAGAGGAGAGGCCGCGGUCAAUCCCGGUAUCAUGACCACAGACUAUGGCACGUCUGUGUGUUGUUGGGACGCUUCACCAGGCUGACCUUCUGUUGUCUCAUCAAUUGCACCACAUUGCCAGCUGGGCUGUGAAACGCGGGGCCGCCUAUCCAGCACCCUGGUCCACGACCCUUUGACUCUACGCCAAAGAGCACAGCCACUUGUUAGUUCGCGUCGCUGGCCAAACAUCCUCACGUUGAACAAUACUUCCCUCUGAACCCCCAACUCUUCACCCAGCCGUAACUCCCGUCGCCGUCCAAGAUGCAGCGUGUGCAGAGAUCCAUCGGGCGUUUCCUGCCCAGGCAGCCUAAUGAAGCCGACAUUGAAGCCAUGCUGCGCGAUUUUAACGACUCAGAAACGAUGCUGGAAAAGCUCGAAACUUGCGCAAAGCAAUGGCGUGACGCGUGGACCAACAUCCUCAACCACCAGCUGGCCACUGUCGAGCACCUGCACACCAUCUUCAAGCCAUUGGGCGAUGAGAAAGGCGGACACAGCUCGCAUGUCGCAGCCGACACCCCUCAGGCAACCUUGGAGCGUGUUUCGGCGCUCCAGGAGGCCUUUGCUGAGCUCAAGACGGACAUGCUGGAGGAAGUCAAGGACAUCGAACGGAAGCUGAUCGUACCCGCCAAGCUGGCCAAAGACUCGCUGAGACCCAUCAAGAAGUCUAUGAAGAAGCGCGACGACGCAAAGAUUGAUUACGAGCGCUACAAGAGUCGCUGCGAAGCUCUCCAGAAGAAGACGACGCGCUCAGAGCGAGAGAAUGUUGCCUUGCACAAGCAUGAAGCUGAUCUUGAACGUUCUGCAGAAGCAUACCAUCAGGCAGACGAAAGCCUCCGGGUCUCGCUGCCCCCGUUAAACACCGCGACCUUCUCCCUCCUGCCUCACCUCCUCGCGAACCAGAUUAUCCUACAGAACAAUCUCAUCGGAAACCUGUACACGGUGCUACAUCAGUACUCUCACGAGCAGGGAUACCCAGACCCGCCACCUGAGCCGGAAGAAGUCAUUCCCCUCUGGGAAUCUAGCUUCACCUCCUUGCGCAUGGAGAUGGAAUCCGAGUUCUCCCUGCUCAAGCAGGGCAAAGCAAUCCACCAGCCUAUGAGGUUGCCAGACAAGGGAGACACGGUGACCGGUCUUGGAUUACGCAACAAGGUCAUACCUGGUCGACGAGUGAGUAGUAGCGACAGCAUUCCCGUUGCCGGGAGGUUUUCAAGGCCAUCAACAAACCUGGCUCCACCAUCCGAGAACGGCCCUCCUGUAAGCCUGUCUAGCAAGCCUUCAAUUAACUCCCUCAAUGGUACCAAACCAAGGAUUGGGGCUGGCUCUUCGAUGUUGAGUCCUUCAUCCGGCGCAGAUCAAUAUGGCCGCCGCCCCUCCUAUGGGUCAUCGUAUUCGAAUGGCGGUACAAACGGGCAUGGUGACUACUUUGGCAAGGUCCCUUCAAACACCUCGCUCGGUUCUACUCCUGGCACGUCGCCCAAUCCAGCAGCAGGCAAGAAGAAGCCCCCACCUCCGCCCCCAAAGAAGAUCGGAUCGUUCCAGUCCGAGUAUGUCACAGCUAUGUACGACUUUGACAGCCACACUCCAGGAGAUCUGUCGUUUAGGGAAGGCGAUCGCAUCCGCGUGGUCAAAAAGACGGAGAGCUCGCAAGAUUGGUGGCAGGGAGAAGUUGGGGGAGUGAAAGGAAGCUUUCCUGCGAAUUAUUGCAAGUAAUGACCGUCAUCGUAAACCAAAAUCGAGUUGCAGGCUCGAACAACACUCAAAAUUGUAUCGGCAAGAAUCGUACCAGGCACCAAUGCUCAUAUGUGGCUUGGGUGGCUUUGCAAGCUCGCAAGGUAUAAAUAGCAAUCGCAUUCUAUUCGUCUGAUCGAUGCUCAGCCCCCAC